AUGCUGAGCACUCACUGCUGUGACGUUUUCUCCGGACACCGUUUUUGCUGCGUCCCGCGAACGUCGGCGCGCUGUGCUGUCCGUCACUGCUCUUCGGACACUGUGAACGUUGCGAGCGUUUUCUCUGACCCGCUGGUCACGGCGGAGCUGUUUGGUCCCCACAGCUGCGCGUUUUCCCGUUGCCUUUCUGCUGGUGACUUCAGCGUUAUCCCGUUGUUGUCAGAGCUGGGGCUCUCGGUGAUUUAUGUCAUGACAAUUGAUGGAAAACCAUAUACUCUGCAUCUCAUAAAACACUCAUUCAUACCCCAGAACUUCUUGAUUUAUAUGUAUAAUGAAAGUGGAUCUUUGCAUUCUGAGUCUCCAUAUGUUACGACGCAUUGCCAUUACCAAGGAUAUGUUGUAGAAUUUCCAAACUCAGUUGUAACACUCAGUAUCUGUUCUGGUCUCAGGGGAUUUCUUCAGUUUGAAAAUAUCAGCUAUGGAAUUGAACCACUGGAAUCUUCAGCAAGAUUUGAACAUAUAAUUUAUCAAGUGAAAAAUUACGAUUCAGAUAUUCCAGGGUUAGCAGAAAAUUAUAGCAGUAUUUGGCAGAAAGACCAUCUCUAUAAAGUUCAUCUGAGCGCACAGAAAAAAACUCACCCCAAGCUAUUACCUCAGUAUCUAGAAAUGCACAUUGUAGUGGAGAAAGCUUUGUAUGAUUACAUGGGUUCUGAAAAGAUGGCUGUGACGCAGAAAAUUAUCCAGAUUAUUGGGCUUGUCAACACUAUGUUUACCCAGUUCAAAUUGACUGUUAUACUGUCCUCCUUGGAACUGUGGUCAGAUAAAAACCAAAUUUCCACCGACGGGAAUGCUGAUGAUGUAUUACAGAGAUUUUUGACGUGGAAUCAGGACUAUCUUGUUCUGCGGCCCCACGACAUAGCACAUUUACUUAUUUACAGGAAACAUCCUAAAUACGUGGGAGCAACAUUUCCUGGCACCAUAUGCAAUAAGAGCUAUGAUGCAGGUGUUGCUAUGUAUCCAGAUGCAAUAAGUUUGGAGGGAUUUUCAGUUGUCGUGGCUCAACUGCUUGGCCUUGCUUUGGGAUUAACAUAUGAUGACAUCGAUAAGUGCUCUUGUGUGAGAGCUACGUGCAUAAUGAAUCGGGAAGCAGUGACUGCCAGUGGUAUAAAGAUUUUUAGCAACUGUAGCAUGCAUGACUAUAGACAUUUUGUUUCAAAAUUUGAGUCUAAAUGCCUUCAGAACCUUUCAAAUUUGCAACCAUUAUAUCAAAAUCAACCAGUGUGUGGUAAUGGGAUUUUGGAACCUAAUGAAGAAUGUGACUGUGGUAAUGAAGAGAAAUGUCAAUUUAAAAAGUGCUGCGAUUCUAAUACAUGUAAACUGAAAGGUUCCGUAAAAUGUGGCUCCGGGCCGUGCUGCACAUCAAAAUGUGAGUUAUCAGUAGCAGGCACUCCAUGUAGAAAGAGUAUGGAUCCAGAGUGUGAUUUUAUAGAGUAUUGCAAUGGAACUUCUGCUAAUUGCGUUCCUGACACUUACGCAUUUGAUGGCCACGUGUGCAGGUUGGGAACUGCAUAUUGUUAUAAUGGACGAUGCCAAACUACUGAUAACCAGUGUGCCAAGACAUUUGGAAAAGGUGCUCAAGGUGCUCCACUGGCCUGUUUUAAAGAAGUUAAUGCUCUGCGUAAUGGAUUUGGAAACUGUGGUUCUAAAAAUUCACAACCAUUGCCUUGUGAACAGAAGGAUGUUCUCUGUGGAAAAUUAGCUUGUGUUUGGCCACAUAAAGAUACUUACGAAAGUGAUGUUCGGUCUGCAGCUUAUUCAUAUGUUCAAGAUCAUGUGUGUCUGUCCAUAACUGCUGGGCUCUCUGUGGGAUCGGAUGGAACAGACAAUGCCUAUGUGGCUGAUGGCACUGUGUGUGGUCCACAAAUGUAUUGUGUAAAUAAAACUUGCAGAGCAGUUCAUUUAAUGGGAUCUAACUGUAAUGCCUCUAUAAAAUGCAAAGGAAAAGGGAUAUGCAAUAAUUUUGGUAAUUGUCAAUGCUUUCCUGACCAUAGGCCCCCAGGUUGUGAAUUCCAGAUCGGUUCACCAGGGGGCAGUAUAGAUGAUGGAAAUGUUCAGAAAUCCGAUAUAUAUUUUGUUAAAAAAGGCUAUAAUACACAUCAGAACGACUGGCUUAUUCUGAGUUUCUGCAUUUUUCUGCCAUUUUUUACAACUUUCAUCAUUGUGAUUACUAAGAGAAAUGAAAAGAAAACCAUGCAACAGAGCAAACACAGAAUUUGA